AAAAGUCUACCACUGUACUGGGGAAGGUGACAUUUCCAGAAGGCCGAAGUGCUAUUGUCGGUGACUGCAACAACAUUUAUUGAAAUUGUGCUAUUUAACAGCCUACAAUGUCCUCUUUAGGAAGGGCCGUAGGGGUCCUUCGUGCUGGAACACAGGUUUUAAAACGCGGACCUCAGAAAAUGUUAACUCGGAAAGCUGGAGGAGGAGCACACAUAGAGGCCCAGUACAGGCAGUACCCCCAGAUCACCAAGAAUCAGAAGUUUCAAGCAGAGCUCCUUAGUAGUGCCAUGUGGUUCUGGAUCCUGUGGCACUGCUGGCAUGACCCUGAUGCCGUGUUGGGUCAUUUCCCAUGGCCUGAUGCAUCCGCAUGGACAGACGAGGAACUUGGAAUCCCAGCUGAUGACGAUGAAUGAGUUGGCCCCUGCUCUACUGAAAUAACUGGCACGUGCGCAUUCACUCUACCUUAAGCAUCAGUCAUGUUAUAUCCAACCACAACCUUCUAUACACAAAUGGAAACAGCAUAUUCUGAUGCAGAUUUUCAUAGUAGAAAUGUAACAACUCUUUAAAUAUGUGCACCUGGUUAAGUCAUAUGAUCUUUUAAGCCAAACCUGCAUUAUGAAGAAAUGUUAAGUAAUCCUUCUGCCUGCUACCCACCAUUUUCUCUUUCAGGCUGCUGAGCUGCCAUGAAGAUGAUGUGCUAAAAGGCACUGUUGUACAUAAAUACUAAUAAAGAAAUCCACUUCUA